AUGCUUGAUAGAAAUUUGAUUGUUACUGAUAGAGUGUUGAACAGUUCGAAUUUUGUUGAUUCUUCACAAUUGAAAUAUGAAAGUAUGAAAUUAUUAGCCAUUUACGAGUUGGAUUUGGCUCGAUUGACUGCCGUAUCCGAUAUUGAACAAGAAGAAUUGACAAGUAUCAUGUACAUUACUAUUCAGUGGACAAGUCCACUCAUGAACACAAAUCCCGAAUCAAUGAUUCCAUUAAUUUUGAAUGAAAACUAUGAUAGAGCAAUUGUUCCAUCAAAUGUCUCUAAAAUUCUCGGAGAACCAUCAAGUGUGGAAUUUAAUGUGGAAUCUAUUGAGAAUUAUCUUGGAAAGAAGAGAUUAGUUUUUGCUUUGGGAGGUUAUUCUAAACCUAUUGAUGCUGUUUUUGGGACUACGUACGAAGUUGAAGAAUUUCCAAGAAGUUUCUUAUUCAAAAAUCAAUUGAGAGAUUCGUCCCAGUAUUUACAAAUUGAAAUGAACAAACCAGAAUUGGUCCAAUCCUUCUCUGUAGAAAUGUACAAUGAAAAGGAAUCUGUAGUAUCUGGAUUAUUGAACUCUAAUUAUACUACACUUUAUAUUUUGAAUGUGAAUCAACAAAUGUUUGGAGGAAAGAAGAUUUUUUACUAUAAUAGAAAGAAGGCCAUAAGAGAUAUUGAUGAUAAGUUGGUAAUCAUCAAACCAGAUACUGUCAAAUUAUUUUUUAGAACUGUUGAUGGAUCAUUUAAAGGAGUUUGGUCGAGUUCAACAACUACUGUCACUUGUCCAGAGUAUGGAACUUACACGUGUACAGCCUCAAGUGAAUUACCAAUCUAUGACACAACAGAAGUAGGAAUUGUGGCAGAAAUUGAUGUGGAAGCAACUAAAUUAAUUAUUGAAAAUGGAAAUUCAACUGAUAAUUCAACAAUGGCUACAAAUCUUUUGGAUGGAACAUUUAUUAAUUAUCAACCAAUUUCUUCAACUAUUCAACCACAUUAUCAAGUAGUUUUGGAUGGAUUUCAAAUUUUGAAAUUGAAAGAUGUCAAAAUUUCAGGUAGCUCCACUUCCAAAGUUGUGGUUUAUCAAUCAAAUGGCACUCCAUUCCCAAAUGCCACAAUGUAUGACAACCGAUAUGAAUUUUCAUCAUCUGACACUUCUAAAUCGAUUGAAUUGAAACAUAGAAGUUUUUCCAAAGCCACUUACUAUCUCAGAAUAGUCAACCUUGAUGAAUCUCAACCAGACAACACUUGUUAUAUUACAUUUUCUGUAUCUGUCGCUUCAUUUACAGAUGACAAGAUUACUCCAGAAGAUAAUGGCCCAAUUUAUCCAUAUAUUUUCAUUGGAGUAUUUGGUGGAAUAGUUGCAAUUUUGAUUUUCAUUUCAGUUGUUUAUAUUUUAUGGAAGAAGACCAAGAAACCUAAAAGAACUAUGUCUAACAAACAAUUCCCAUCUGUCUCCUCUCAAAUGUCAAUUCAAAGCGAACAAAUUAUUUCAAAUACUCCAAGUGCUGUAGGUUUAGAUAUUGAACAAGGUAAUCAAUCAACUCAAUAUUAUAGAAUGAAUGAAUAA